AUACCAAACUGGAUACUUGCAACUCGUAGACCAUCCACGUACAUACAAACAUAUUAUUCCCCAUUUUUCCAACACGUAUAAUCCACGUGUGAGCGCUCUGAACCACCCUUCAUAGUUAAAACGAACCCAACCCCCGACUACCUAACCUCACUUCGGCGUUCUCGUCCUGACAUGUGUUUUUGACGUUUCGAUGCACCUUUUCAAGAAAUACCCGAAAUUCUUAAAAUUUACAUGUUUAGCGACCGUCUCCUGCGGAGCAGGAUGGUUAUACUACCAAGUACAAACCACCAAAAAGAUCCUCCACAAUGCCUUGGACACCUCUAUUCUGAACGUAGUCGAACCUACAGUAGUCGAAAGACCGGCAAGUGAGGACUUCCUGUUCAUACACAUGACGACAGACACCGGCCAGAAUUCAGCCCUAUCGGACUUCUGGAAAUCGCUCAAAUAUUCCUUUGCCAAACGGUUGCUCACUCUAGCCAAUAGCGAAAACGAGUUCAUACGGAAAAAGGCGGUCCGACAGUUAUCGAAAAUUAAAAAUUUAGAAAACUGGCAGUGCUCGCAGUUGUCGAGUAUGAUUGAUCCUAGGACGGCUGUGGGACUGGCGCGGACGGCGGAUAGCGAUCUUCGACUUUUUCCUAAUCCACCUAUUAGAUACCUGGUGCACACCCACGACAUGAUUGUCGAUCUCGUGAAAGAUUUAUUGGUGAAAUUACACGCGACAUCGCAGCACCCGUGCAUGGGGUAUUUCGUGUCAAAAGUAUUUGCAGACGUGGAUGUUAUGGAAGAGUACGCCGACGAGUACUCCCCAUUCGAGCUCAAAAAGUACAUCCAAUCCAGUGAAGAAGUCCUCCCCAUGUGUCUCGAGUCCCUUCUUCACCACGCUAGCGUCGGCGACUACGCCAAAGACAUCGCCGCCCUCAACGGUUUACCCCUCCUAAUGGAAAUCCACAACCGCUUCAAAGAAAAUCACACUGUAACCGCUACAAUAUGUCGCAUCAUUUCUUAUCUUUCCAUGCAUAAAGAGCUCCUGAACGAGCUAUACAUUACUGGUUGGAUUACAAUUCUAGCCCAAUGGGUGAAACACGACGACGUCCGAAUUUCAAUCCCGGCUGCCAAAGCCCUCGCCAAUCUCGACGCAGACGAAAACGUGGUCUAUCUUCAAAGACUGUAUCCCUUGCACCCAUCAACCCGGAGCGUGAGCGACGUCGGCGUCGACGUGGUCUUCGUCCACGGGCUUCUAGGCGGGGUGUUUUUUACCUGGAGGCAGCGCAAGCGCAACCAGAAUCCGAUGGGGUUCCUGGGUAAGAGGGGUAUUCCAGAAACCUUCACCCAAAAUGAAGAUGUUUGCUCCGUUCACAAAAAAUACCCCAAAAGUCACCCAAAAAUCCACAGUACGAGUAACCCGGAGAUCAAAGAGUUCGUCGACGAUUUGGAGCAGCACCUGAGCUAUGAGACGGAAUGCAGGGACUAUGACGUAGUGUGGGAGGAUAUCCCCACGAAAACCAAUGACAACGCGUUGGGGCCGUACUGUUGCUCACCCAACAAGUUUUAUUGUAUUAAAAAAGGCGAAGAUUGCGUCACUAAUUGUUGGCCGAAGGAUUGGUUGGCUCAAGAUUGUGAUUAUCUGAGGAUAAUUGGGGUCAAUUAUGAGACGAACUUGUCGUUGUGGACUCCGAUUUGUCCCGACGAAAAAGUCAAAACUUUGGAGGAAAGGAGCGACGAGUUGAUCGAGCAGUUGGCCCAGGUGGGAGUGGGGAAGAGACCCAUUGUUUGGGUGACCCAUUCCAUGGGUGGGUUGAUAGUGAAGCGUCUAUUAAAUAAAGCAUCUGAAAGCAAUGAUGAACAGAUUAAGAAUAUGUUUGGAAACACCAAAGGAAUCGUGUUUUACAGCACCCCCCAUGUGGGUUCAAGUGUGGCUAAAUUCAACCAAGCGUCCGCCUUGGUCAUAUGGCCCUCAGUUGAAGUCCAAGAGUUGCAAAAGCAUUCGCCGCUGCUUCUGGACAUACACCAAAAUUUUCUAGAGUUACUUAAGAAACACCCAAUGAAAGUCAUCACGUUUGUUGAGACUGAACCAACAAUUGUGUCUGCCAUGAAGUUCAAGUUUUUGGUGGUGGAACCCGACUCAGGAAACCCGGGCUAUGGAGAAUAUUACGAAAUUCCUUUAGACCACCUGGGUAUCUGCAAACCGGCAAGCAGGUACUCCUUCCUAUACCAAAAGGUCUUGCACCUGAUCAAGGACGUUUUAACAGACAUGGAAUACAAAAUGUAAAUUGUAAAAAGAUAUUUUUAAGUAAAAUAACUAAAAACUGAAA